AUGCCCGCCGUUGACGAUGCCCAAAGCACUCGAUCGGUUUGGCAGGUUCAGUCCGUCCUCGCUUCUUUGGACACGAUGCUGAGAACCGCGCGAUUCUUUCGCCUUCCGCUCGCUCCAAUCAAAGCGGCGCUCUUUAGUGCUGCGAGGCGUAGCCCGGCUGCUGCGGCAUUCCGUGCUGCUGAUCCGACUGCCAAGUGCCUGUCGACCAAGGCGGCUGCGACGACGAUCGUUCAACGUCCGGAUGCACCAAACGGUAGGCGGGGUCUGUUUGAGCUGAAACUGCCCUUUGUCAACCGGCACGAUAGCUUAAAAGAAGCUGUCGAGAAUCUGGCCGACAAAUCCAAGCGGCCUAAGGGCAUGUUGUUCACUCUACCUCAAAUGUUCGGCUCGGGCAAGACAAGCUUUGUGGAGCACAUUGGCAAUGAGCGCAAUCCCCACGCUAAGGAAAUCCUCGAUUCGGCCCCGGCAAUCAAAAGGCCGCUGUACGAGUCCGUCCUCAACGCGCGCUACAUCCUCAUCGACAUGACCCACUUCAACCGCAUGAGUGAUAUGGCUGAUGAUGUUCUGGAAGCGAUAUUUUUGAACACCUGCUCCACGCUCGGCCUGCCACCGCUCGCAGUGCCGCGAGGACCCCUUGGCCGCGUGAUUUCGGGUCUUCAGAAGCACGCUGGUGUCCCUCUGCUCCUCCACUUUGACGAGAUGGGCGCCAUCGAGAAUUCUGGCUUCGAUCCGUGGUUCCCUGGUUCGGAGUACCGCUGUUCCAGCCAGCCGAACGUGUUCGCGCCGAACACUGGAGCCUUGCGUCGUCACUACACGUUUUGGUCGCGUCUCCUUGCACCGCUACUCAACCUCGACAAUGUGUACAUUGUGUGCUCGGGCAAGUCGGUCGCAUUUAGUCUCAUCCAGCACGGGCUUCUCAGAGCUCCAAGCGAUGCGCCUGUGGGCUCGAGCACCGCUGACCCUCACAUUCCCAUGACAUCGCCGUCAGAAUUGCAAACGAUCAUCCUGCCACCACUUGGCGGCGAGCACAUUGAAGAGAUUCUGAACCGACACCGCCCUGAUGUCAGCUCCCCAGAGCUGAUUGAUACCCUCGGUCUGCGCGACAAGCAUGCUCAACGCCUUGCCUUCACCGAAUGCGUUCACACUCUCACCGCUGGUGUGCCACGUCUGGUUUCGUAUGCGCUGCAAGUGCCCUGGGGCAGCGGCAUCGACUUUGGCGCCAUGACACCAGACGAGAUCCGGGCGUACUUCGCCCUCGGUACCACUCAAGCGUCCAUCGCCAGUGUCUUCCUCAUGAACUCGCUCGAGCUGACCGCUGUGAUCAGCCGCCCGCAUGAUCCACUGUAUCUGGCGAGCGCCAACAUUGUCCGUCGGGCGCUCGCGGGUGAGGUGUUCGAUCCCAAGUCAACAAUCGAAGUCCGCGUUCCAGGAAAACCUGACCCUGUUCAAGUUCAAGUUCUACUCCUGUUGGACAGACUCUUCUGUUACACCAAGCCCGUGGAUUCCUCUCGUGGACCUCAAGUUCAAGUCAUCCUGCCGCAAAUUGUUGGCACUCGGAAGGAACUGGCUCUCGCGACCUUGAUCAUCGAACUCGCAGGCACCGUCGUUACGUCGGAGACACUCGAGGUGCUGGCGUUGUGGUCCAUCUUUGCUGCACUUUACCGAGCCACAAUUGGCGACCCCAGUAGCAGCUGGCUGCUGGCCCAAUCGAAGGGCGUGCUUCCUCAAGCAGUGCUCGACUCGGAUGUCGUGCAGCAUAUUCUCCAAACAUCUGCGCCUCAUCAAGGCAUUGGCUUUGACGAGCGGACGCUGAGCAAGCGUGCGGGCUCGAUCACCGUCUCCGUUGCACACGCGACCAGCGCGAAGCGCCAUGGCAUCGACGCAGCUGCAUUGCCGGAUCAGUUGGUGGCACGCCUCGUGGAACUCCGGACGACAAUUCCGACUGGGCCUAUUGCGGUUGUCGAGUGGAUUGGCAAAGCGUCCCAGUCGUCUGAUGGAAUGAUUGCUGUUUGCACGGCCGCAAGCCCGACAGUGCAAAACACUGUCUGGAUCGGUGUUGCCUGCAAGCUUUUCAAUCGAAACAAGAUGUCGUUCACCGGCCCAACCAUUGUGAAUGAGGACAUUGAGCGUCUGAGUCGCCACUUUGCUCAUCUUGAGAAGAACCUCCGACCGCGCCAACUUCUCAUCUCGGUGUUGUCCAGGCCACCAAACUACCUCAAGCCUUCCAUGAAUAGCAAGCUGCUCGAAGGUCGGGUCACAAUGUCCGGCGCAAAGAACAAGAAGAAGAAGGAGGUCAAGAAGAAGGAAGUCAAGAAGAAGAAGGAGGAAGUCGUCGAUGAGGAGGAGCUCGAGGUCAUCGAUAUUCCCCCGCGGAUGCAAGUGGCGCUUUGGGAUCUCGAUACUCUGAACAACGUCGUCGAUCCUUCUCGCAAACUUACCUUUCCGGACCAAACAUAG